AUGUGUUCAGCCCACAAACCCAAGCACGACUUGUUCUUUCUUAAACUUUUGGAAGCACGAGCUCUGCGGAUUCCUGAAUGAACCAAAGAUAUCUGCUAUUUAGCUGCAUCAAGCAUUACGUCGGAACUUGCAUAUUAUCAUAGCGUGACGACUUUCGGUAGAGCCCGUAUUUGAUUUGUUUCACCAGCUCACCGUGACUGGCGGCCGGAUUGCCAGCAGCCGUGGUCCUAACUCUUACAGCAUCUGGAGCUGUCCGCGUCGCCGGCCUUGAACAGGAGCAGGCGACAAGGACAGCGAUUCAGUCACGCGAGCGAGGCGGGCCCGGCGGGACUUAUGUCUUUUGCUAGCAGCAGCAUGAGCGAGUUUCAGGAGGCGGGGCCAGGCCCAGGCAGCAGCGCGCUGAAGGUGCCAGCCGUGCCCGCGAAGAGCAAGCAAAGUGCCAAGCUUCAAGAGCAGCUGGUGACCAAUGACCCACUGAGGACGUAUAAAGUAUUCUUAAGUGGAGCGUUGAGCGGGGCUAUCAGCCGGACAGCAACAGCCCCGGUAGACCGGCUUAAAAUGCUGCUUCAGACGCACGACGGGGCCAAGGGCCUGUCGCUGCGGCAGGGCUGGCAGAAGAUGAUGGCAGAAGGCUCCAUCAAGUCUUUCUUCAAAGGCAACGGGGCAAACGUGGUAAAGAUAGCGCCGGAGACGGCGCUCAAGUUCACGCUGAACGAUUCGAUACGCAGCAUCGUGGCACAGGACCCGGACAAAGUGCGGCUGAGGGAACGGGCGAUAUCAGGCGGCAUCUCAGGGGCCAUUGCCCAGGGGCUGCUGUACCCGUUGGACACCAUCCGCACGCGGCUGGCUGUGUCACCCACCAACACCUACAACGGCAUCCUGCACGCCGCCUACCGCAUCCGGCGGGAUGAGGGCGUGGCGGCCUUCUACCGCGGCCUGACGCCCUCCAUGAUUGGCAUCCUGCCCUUCGCGGGGGUGGACAUUGCGUUGUUCGAGGCGUUCAAGGAGAUCUUGUACGAGAAGUACGACGGCCGGCCGCCGCACAUGGCCAUUGUGGGGGCGGGCAUGCUGUCCAGCUCCAUUGCGCAGGUGGUGUCGUAUCCGCUGGCGCUGGUGCGCACGCGGCUGCAGGCGCAGUCCGUGCCGCGGCCCGUGCACCCGCACCACCACCAGCUGCAGCAGCAGCACGCCGCCGCCGCCGCCGCCGCCUCCGGCCGCGGGCCGCAGGGGCACAGCCACCACGUGCCGCACGCCGGCAAGCCCGGGGUGAAGCACCCCCCGGGCCACCCCCACCACCUGCACCACCCGCCUGCGCCCGCCUGCAGCGGCGCGGGCGGGCAGGUCAAGUACCGCGGCAUGGUGGACGUGUUCCGCAAAACCAUCCGGAACGAGGGCGUGCGGGGGCUCUACAAAGGGCUGCUGCCAAACUUGCUGAAGCUGGCGCCGGCGGCCGGCAUUGGCUGGUUCGUGUUUGAGGAGACGAAGCUGGCGCUAGGCGUCAACCCGCGGUCCUGACGCAUGGGUAGCGGGUAGCGGGUACUGGCGUGUGGGGGAUGUGGUGGAGCAGCGGGCGGGGAGCGGGGGAGUGUAAUGGUGUAGAGCGCGCAGCACGCGAUCCUUGUGUGGUCAAGGUGCAUGUCACGGGCGCCCCGCCGCCGCAGCUGGGCUGCAGGUGUGGCCUGUGCCCUGGCAGGGACGACGUGAUCUUGAUUCCAUACACGCGCGUGCAUAGGGCAGGACAGCACUCAUGUUCAAGUGUUAAUGUUCGCGGUUACUUCAUGUGUUAGCGUGUGUACCUUUGGGCACCGUAGGGCGGCUUGUACUUGUUAUUCGCGCACUAGAUGGCUUGACUGUGACUGCUUUGACUUUGCGUUGACCAACCGGCAAGAGCUGUGGAAUUGGUGGCAUAGAAAUAAACUUCAAGCUGAAUUUCGACAGGACACUGACUCGGCUGAGCUGGGCAGACCCUUUGGCUAAGAUUGACUACAUGUACUUUGGUGCGCAUGUUAUUGUUGCGGUAGCUCACGGUGGGCACGCGGCGUGACUUCGUGGGCGCCGCAAUGAGAGCCGCUCAGGCAUAGCGCGGGUCAUAGAUGGCGCCACCUAGAGUUUGCAGGGGCGCACGGCGCGGCGCCAGAGGAUGUGCGAUGGGGGCGCAAUGUUGGUGGCCGGCACUUGGUGCAGUGCUUUACAACAAGGCUACAAUAAUGCUUUGCGUUAUGAGUUUCGCACACUUCGUCUAGCCUGCAGCCGCUGCUGCACGGGUAACCGGAGGAGGUGCGGCCGAGGGGCUGGCGAGUGACGAACUCGCGUAGGGGUUGAGGCCGCGCGUUGAGCCCGUGGCUGGGGUCUUUGACAUGCGCUGCAAGCCAUGUUUAAUUUCUGGGCUGCCUUUUGGCGCAUAUCGGUACGCCGGAUUCGUUGGCAAAUCACAGGUUUGGGCGCGCCAAACCGUAUUGUGUCGGGACUCACGUUUGCCAUGGGGUGGGCGCGCACAGCCGGCAACGGGGGGCCCGCGGCCCCUGCUGGAGAGGAGGCGGAGGCGUGAGCUAUGUCUCUCGACGAAGGGAGGCCGCUUCGGCGGUCGAUAGCCCCCCCUACACCCCGCCACCUGACCCCAAGUUGGUCGCCAACGCACUGGGCUCCGUGCGGGUGGGGCGCGGCGCCUGGACUGCGGGGGAGGCCCGAGGGCCACGCUAACCGCGAGACCAGGAGAACCUGAAAAGGCCGAUGCUGUAACAGCAGUAACAA